UUAUUCAAAUUAGGAAAGAGCAUAUGAUUCUUGGUUACUGUAAAAAAUAUAGGUUGUCUGCAAACGAAACUGACGGAUAUAACUUUAUAAAUUAUGUGCGAUCUCAACGUAUAUUGUUCAAAAAUAAAUUUCCCAACGUUGCAUCCUAUGUGUUUUUAUGUAUACAUGAUACAUAACAUAGUCUAAGAACAGAAAGUAGAGUUAAAAUUAUAAUGGAAGUGAAAAAAAUUGUUACUUUUAGUUCAUUUGCUGAUUGUGGUACGUUGUAUUUGGUGGUACAAGAAAUACUCGUAUGUAGAGUGAAGAGACACCGACACCCCAAAGCACGUUUUGGUUACUGAUGACUUCUGCAAGAAGCUCUGUUAAUUUGGGCACAGAUUUUAUGUAUUGCAGUCUUCCUGUGUCGAGUUCAUUAUUGGCCCUUCUACCUGACAGGUUUUGUUUCAUCAUAAACGCGUUAGUGGGUCUGUUGAUUUUUCUUAACCUACCUUACCGGGGCUCGCAGUAUAUUAGCAGUUUGAACCUCAAAAGGACUGGGCUCGGGUACUAAUGGCUCUACUAUGUGUAUUUCCAUCUGCUUAACAUCACUAGUCCUAUGUACAUUCAGUAGCUGAGAAAAGUAAUUCUUCAAGAUGGAGCCAGCAGGUUUCUCAAAAAUGAACAACCAUACUGGAUCACAAUCCUGAUUGAUGGUGAUUCUGUGUAUAACACGAAUUUGUCGUGUCAAACAUGGCUGCUACCAACAGUGAAUCACCCAUUGAAUGUAGUUGGAGUGAAACUGAUCCUGUAUGUAAGAUGAAUACUGAUGUGACAAGGAAUGUAGCCAGGCACAGCCAGUUGUCCACAGAAUGUGAUUGGUGUGAUGAUGAUCUUGUGUGUAGAGUGAAUACUGUCACUUUGGACACUGCAACCAGCCACAGUCAAUCAUCCACGGCACAUGAGUGGAGUAAUGACAAUACUGUGUGUGGAGUGAAUAGUGUCACAUCAAACACUGCAGCUAGCCACACCCAGUUUCCCAUGGUGUGUGACUGGAGCAGCAGCAAGCUGACAAAGCCUCAGUGUGAUAAGAAGAAGGGUGAAGUGUUGUCCUUGAAAUUACGAGUUGAGGUCAUCAGGGAAAGCUCCAGUGGUCUCUCACAGAGGGCACUUGCUCUCAAAUUCAACUGCAGCAAGACACAGAUUCAGAACAUACUAAAAGAUAAGGAUCGGCUGCUGCGAGAAUGGAAAGAGGGAGGCAGUCAGUUUGCCAAAAGAAAGAGAAGGCAGAGGAAUGAAAACGUGAACAAUUUUGUGUGGGAGUGGUUCAAGGAAGCACGUGCCAGGGGCUUGCCUCUUAGUGGCCCUAUUCUACAGGAGAAAGCACGAGAAUUCGCUGCAUUUUUUAACAUAGAAAAAUUCAAUGCCAGCAAUGGAUGGUUAGACAGCUUUAAAAAACGCCAUAACAUUGUUUUCAGGGAGAUUCUUGGGGAAAGUGAGAUGGAGGAAGCCGAUUGGAGACUGCGUGUGGCUACUAUGUGUGAGGGUUAUGAACUCAGGAAUAUUUUCAACAUGGAUGAAACUGGACUUUUCUUCAGAGCAGUGCCUGAUAAGACAAUAGGCCAAGAAAAAAUGUAUCAUGGGGGAGAACUUGCAGGUGAACGGCUGACAUUGUCUUUCUGUAUCAAUGCUCUGGGAGAGAAGGAGCCCCCAGUUGUCAUCUAUUCCAAGUGUUCUAAAGAAAAUGAUGCCCCACAGCUGGGUGUGGAACAGUAUGCAAAUAUUAAUGCAUGGAUGACACCAGACAUCUUUUGUCAGUGGGUCACUAAAUUGAAUGAGAAGAUGAUUCAGGAGAAUAGAAAGAUCCUCCUUUUUCUGGAUGAUGCCCCAUGUCAUCCGCUGUUGGAACUGUCAAACAUCAACUUCAUCUUCCUCCCUGCCAGUUCUGCAAGUCGUUUGCAGCCACUUGAGCAAGGCAUUAUCCAAGCUUUUAAGGUUCUGUACAGACGGAGAAUGCUGAGGUCAUUGGUUGCCAGAAUGAAUGGUACGAUAAGCAUUAGACGGCUUGCUCAUCAGAUUACAGUUUCAGAUGCCAUCACAUGGGUGAAGUCUGCAUGGAUGGAAGUCAAGCCUGCUGUAGCACAACGGUUGUUUGCCAUAUGUGGCAUAAAAACUGAACAAACAUGCGCGACUCUUGAAGAUGACAUUGCCACAGAACUUGAUAAUGUAGCAAUAGAAGUAUCAUCUUUGGGGGAAGCAGCAGGCAUUGAUGUAGAAUUGGAGCCUGAGGGAAGUCAUUCUGUUCCAUGUUAUGAUGCUGGAAGUGACUGGGAACAGCAGCUGCUGGGGGUUGCAUGGGGUGAUGAGCCCAGUGCAGAUGAGGAAGCAGACAAGGCAGAGGAGCCAUCAGUAAUGCCUCUGCCUCUCAGCCAGGCUCUUAGCAGCAUUGCUGCACUGAAGGCACUUACAGUUGAGCUAGGAAGCCAUGACAAGCUGAUGAAGGCACUGGAGGUAGCAGAGGAAGAAUUUGAGAACAUUAUAGUGAAAGAGCGCUGCCAAUACUAGAGAACAUAAAUGCUUGUAUAUAAUUUAUUUAGAAUAAA